AUGUCUGAUGGUUCGGAGUCGCAGGCUGCAGCUGCGGUGCUUGGCACCGGCUACAUUGGCUCCUUCACAGCCCUUGCUCUCCUCGAGGCAGACUACAAGGUCGUCAUCGUCGACAACCUCUACAACUCCUCGCCCGAGGUCUGCAACCGCAUCGAGCUCAUCUGCGGCAAGCGACCCUCCUUUUACCAAGUCGACAUCACAGACGAGGCUGCCCUUGACAAGGUCUUUGACGAGAACCCCGACAUUGACAAUGUCAUCCAUUUCGCUGCCCUCAAGGCCGUUGGCGAAUCUGGUGAAAUCCCCCUGACCUACUACCGCGUCAACGUCGGCGGCUCCAUUGCCCUCCUCUCCUCCAUGGUCCGCCACAACGUCUCCAACAUCGUCUUCUCCUCAUCCGCCACCGUCUACGGCGACGCCACCCGCUUCCCCAACAUGAUCCCCAUCCCCGAGCACUGCCCCAUCGGCCCCACCAACGUCUACGGCCGCACAAAAUCCACAAUCGAAAGCGCAAUCACCGACACCAUCGACGCCGAGCGCAACAACGCCCGCAAAGCCGGCAAACCCGACGCAGACAUUACCAAAUGGAACGCCGCACUGCUCCGCUACUUCAACCCAGCCGGCGCCCACCCAAGCGGCAUCAUGGGCGAAAACCCCCUCGGCGUCCCCUACAACCUCCUCCCCCUGCUCGCCCAAGUCGCCAUCGGCAAACGCGACAAACUCCUCGUCUUCGGCAACGACUACGCCUCCAAAGACGGCACCGCCAUUCGCGACUACAUCCACGUCCUCGACCUCGCCCGCGGCCACCUCGAGGCCCUCCAAUACCUGCGCACACACCGCCCCGGCGUUCGCGCCUGGAACCUCGGCUCCGGUCGCGGUUCCACCGUCUUCGAUAUGAUCAAGGCGUUUGGCCACGUCGUCGGUCGCGAUUUGCCCUAUGAGGUUGCCCCCCGUCGGCCCGGUGACGUCUUGGAUUUGACGGCGAAUCCCGCACGCGCGAAUGAGGAGCUGGGGUGGAAGACGGAGCUCACGCUCGAGGAUGCGUGUGCGGAUUUGUGGAAGUGGACGCGGAACAAUCCAGAGGGGUAUGCGCAGCAGCCGCCGCACGAGUUUUUGGACGCUUUGAAGAAGAAGGAGUAG